AAGCUAACCAUAGAUCUGUAGUGAUGUUAGUUUCCUCCCUUCCUUAACCUUUCAGAAAGGAGUAGUACAAACUAGUCAUGUCUGUGUUCUCCCCUUGACUAUAAAGAGAAGGUAUUCAACCUUGGGCUGGGUGCUGAGAUCUGCCUAUUUCUCUAAAAACAGCAAAAUCCCUACCCCCAAAUAAAGGAUGUUAGAAAAUGAAAAGUGAUUUUCUAAGCAGGCAAGGUGACAGCAAAAGGACCAGCCUGUAGGGUGUGCAGUGCAAGGGGAUGUGCAGCUGCCUGACUGCAGUGAUGGGGGUUCUACCCGCCUCAGCCAGCUGGGCUGGCAAUGUGGAAGUGCUGCUUCUACACCCUCAGUGACUAGUUCAGGCCUUGUCAACCAUUUCCAUUGUUUGCCAGAGGUGUUUUCACCUGCCCCCUAUCAACUCAUGUCUGAGUUAUUGCAUCAUUUUCCUGGUUGGCCUCCCUGACUCUAGAUCAAAGUCCCUGUGCCAUGUAAGCCUACUGGCUUUUCAGAAUCUGAGUGCAGUUCAUUUUGUGUUCACUGCAUCCCAGUAAAACUAAGCUCUGAGAGGACGGGGACAGUUUUUAUGCUUCCUUUUUUUCUUAACCCCUUCGUGUUUUACAUAAAGUAGAACACAUAGUAAACAUUUUGAUUAUGUGGUCAAGAAAGAAAGAUAUAAACCAAGUAAAAUACCACUAAUAACAGGAUUAUGCAUCCGGAUUUAGCAAGGAAACCUCAAAGACGAACAUUUUCCCUCUAUGUAUGCCCCCACGUUGCCUUGCUGAGUGCCAGGCACAUAGUAGAAGUUCUCUAAUUGUUGACCACAGAGCCUUAACUUUGUCAGGGAUUCUAGGACUCAAGGCUGACAGGGAAGUGGGAACAAUGUCAGCACUCCUGCCUACCAUCAACCCAGCUCUGACCCCAAAGGAACACCCACAAGGAACAGAAUCUUUGUUAAAUACAAACGCCUCUCCCCAGAUCUGAUCCUACCUGUUUCCAGUUCCAGCUAAUGAUAGCACUCUCCCACCAGCCAGCCGCCAGAGCUUGGAAUUACUUUUGACACCUCCCUACUGCAUCCAGUUACUGACUGUGUAAUCUCUCUCCUUUGUUCCUGCCGCCAGUACCCUGGUUCGGGCCUCAUCACCUUUAACUGAGAGGAUGGUAGAUGCCACCCAUCUGAUCUUUCCAUUACAGUCUGCCUUUUCCAAUUCCUAUUCACAGACAGCCGGUAUAAUCCAGAUUGGAGCACAGUUGAUCAUGUAUCUUAUUUGCUGACUGAAAAAAAUCUUUAUGAGUCUCCAUCUCCUAUGGAUUAAAGUUCAAAUUCCUUAAGAAAACAUUGAAGGACCUCCAAUGAUCGGACCCCGGCCCUCCCCUUUAGACACCCUAUUCUGACUACUUCCCUUUCUCUGAAACUGGCCUCUAUGUUCUGCUGCUCUUUAUGUUAUUUCCUGUGUCUAAAACCUCCUUCAUUCCCUGACAAAAGGCAACAUAGUGCAGUGGUUAAGAACACGAAUUCAAGGCAAAGAUGUCCUUGAUUCCUAGUUUUGCCACCCACUGGCUGUGUAAACUUGGGCACUUUACCUAAAACUCUAUGCUACAGUUUUUGCAUUUAUAAAGUGGGCAUGAUAGGGCCUAUUUCAUAGGGUUGUUAUGAGGAGCAAAUGAUAGAAUCAUUUAGAAGCUAGGCAUCUCUACCUUUUUCAAGGCAUCCUUUUCUACCCGUCUGCUGCAGUUGUGCGUUCAUGCCUUAAGUCCCUCUGGACUGUUUUCUCAGGAUCCUUGACAGUUACCUUUGUGUCUCUUACCACUCGGUAACUUAAACGAAUAAGUAUUUAUUAAAAUUUUUAGUGAAAUAUGCGUGAGUAUCCGGCUACACAGUAUACAGUAUCACUCAGUUGAGGACCGUGGAAGGGUGGAAGGUAAGUAACUGAGUUAAGUAUUCAUUCGAGCAAAUGCAUGUCAUGUCAGCCAUGAGCUUGGCACUGGGAAUUCAGCAGUGAAGAAGCUCAGACUAAAGUUCAAAGAGCUUCAGGAGUUCCCAUCGUGGCUCAGUGGUAAUGAACCUAACUAGUAUCCGUGAUGACGCGGGUUUGAUCCCUGGCCUCAAUCAGUGGGUUAAGGAUCCAGCAUUGCUUUGAGCUGUGGUGUAGGUCGCAGGUGAAGUUUGGAUCUGGCGUGGCUGUGGUGUAGGCCGGCAGCUGUAGCUCUUGAUGGGACCCCUAGCCUGGGAACCUCCAUGUGCCAUGGAUAUUGCCCAAAAAGAUAACUAGAUAAAUAAAUAAAUAAGCAAACAAACAGUGUGUUGAGCCCAUGUGUGUUAACCCCAGAGUGCCUUCCUGAGGAGUUGGGGGAGCUGUGCCCUACGCAAAGAGGCCGCUAGAGACAAGUCUUAAAGGUUGGACAAGAUCACUGUCACCCAAGAAUAAGUAAGGGCCUGCCUCCAACUCCGUGGCAUGACUUCACUUUAUCCCCAUCUCCUUCUCCCUUCAGCCAAGAUCCAUUUGCCACCCCUCCCCCAGCAUGGCUAUAUUGCUGUGGCCACAUUAAAAUUUGGCCCCAGAUGGAGGAUGAGUGAGGAAGCCGUUGCACCAAUAUAACUGACCAAAGCUGCCCAAGGCCCUAGAAGGAGGAAGUGGAUAAGGGCCUUAUCCAAAAGGAUGCAGCAGCCUCAGAUCCUUCAGGGAGCAGGAGCUUCCUCCCUCCUUCCCCCACCUCUGACCAAGUCAGUGUGCCCGGCAGCGCGGCGGCUGUGGGGGACGGGGGGAGGAACUACGGAACUGUGGGCUAGAGUGGAGAUGUACAGACCAGUUGGUGCGUGGCUGCACUAUGCCAAGCAGAAAGCAGUGGUGGCUUAGACUAGCAUGGUGGUGGAGGAAAUGGAGUGAAGCUUCAAGAGACAUGGUUGAAAGGCAGAACCAAUAGGAUUUGGUGAUAAACUACUCUCAAGAAAAGGGAGGAGUCAGCUUUUCAGCCAUAAGCAUCCCCCCCAGGGUGGCCUCACCCCCUUUCUGGCAAUCCUAGAAACCAUAUGCGUCCAGGGCUUAUAAUCCUUUACUCUGCCUACCGCUCAGCAAGAGGGUUUCAGUUUGAUAAGGAAAGACUUCCUGUGGUGGAAUUGAAAGGAAGAGGAAGGAGCUAACCCAUUCCUGCCUAGGAGGUUGUUGGAGAAGGAAGAUGGCCAGAGCUUUGUGUCUACUUCAUGCCCUCUGGCUUCUGGAGUGGGUGCAACUGCUCUUGGGACCCGGUGCUGCCCCUCCAACCUGGGCCUUGAACCUGGACCCAGUGCAUCUCACCAUCUACACAGGCCCCAAUGGCAGCCACUUUGGGUUUUCAUUGGACUUCUACAAGAAGAGCCAUGGCAGCGUAUCCAUCGUGGUGGGGGCCCCGCGGACCCUGGGCCGCAACCUGGAGGAGACCGGCGGCGUUUUCCUGUGUCCCUGGAAGGCCAAGAGCGUCCAGUGCGUCGCGCUGUCCUUCAACCUCGAUGAUGAGACGCGAAACGUAGGCGCCCAAACUUUCCAAACCUUCAAGGCCCGUCAAGGACUAGGGGCGUCGGUCUUAACUUGGAGAGACAACGUUGUGGCCUGCGCCCCCUGGCAGCACUGGAACGUCCUAGAAAAGAACGAGGAGGCUGAGAAGACACCUGUAGGUGGCUGCUUCGUGGCUCAGCUCCAGAACAGCGGCCGCGCGGAGUUCUCGCCCUGUCGGGCCAACCUCUUGAGCCUGGUUUACGUGGAAAGUAAAUUCAAUGACAGGCGCUAUUGCGAGGUCGGCUUCAGCUCUGCGGUCACUCAGGCUGGGGAGCUGGUGCUUGGGGCUCCUGGGGGCUACUAUUUCUUAGGUCUCAUGGCACGGGCUCCAAUCGCCGAUAUCAUCUCGAGUUACCGCCCAGGCACCCUCUUGUGGCACGUGCCCACCCAGAAGUUCACCUUCGACUCCAACCUUCCUGAGUACUACGAGAGCUACUUGGGGUACUCGGUGGCUGUGGGCGAGUUCGACCGGAAUCCCAGCACCACAGAGUACAUCCUCGGUGGCCCCACCUGGAGCAUGACCCUGGGAGCGGUGGAAAUUUUCACCUCGAAACACCAGAGGCUGCACCUGCUGCAGGGAGAGCAGGUGGCUUCAUAUUUCGGGCAUUCGGUGGCUGUCACCGACGUCAACGGGGACGGGAGGCAUGACCUCUUGGUGGGAGCGCCACUGUACAUGGAGAGCCGUGCUGACCACAAGCUGGCAGAGGUGGGGCGUGUGUACUUGUUCCUGCAGUCUCGAGGUCACCACUCGCUGGGCACCCCCAGCCUCCUGCUGACAGGCACACAGCUCUAUGGAAGAUUUGGCUCAGCCAUCGCGCCUCUGGGCGACUUGAACCGGGAUGGCUACAAUGAUGUUGCCGUGGCCGCCCCCUAUGGGGGUCCCAGCGGUCAGGGCCAAGUAUUGGUGUUCCUGGGUCAGAGUGAGGGGCUUAACUCGCAGCCCUCCCAGGUCCUGGACAGCCCCUUUGCCGCAGGCUCUGCCUUUGGCUUCUCCCUUCGAGGUGCCACAGACAUCGAUGACAAUGGAUACCCAGACCUGCUGGUAGGAGCUUACGGGGCCGACAAGGUUGUCGUGUACCGAGCUCAGCCGGUGGUGACCGCCACUGUCCAGCUGAUGGUGCAAGAAACCCUGAAUCCUGCUGUGAAGAAUUGUGUCCAGCCCCAAACCAAGACACCAGUGAGCUGCUUUACCAUCCAGAUGUGCGUGGGAGCCACUGGGCACAACAUUCCUGAGAAGCUGCGCCUAAAUGCCGAGCUGCAGCUGGACCGGCAGAAGCCCCACCAGAGCCGGCGGGUGCUGCUGCUGGCUUCCCAACAGGCGAGCACUGUCCUGGACGUGGAUCUGAGCUGGAGGCAGAGCCCCACCUGCCACAACACCACGGCCUUCCUCCGGGAUGAGGCUGACUUCCGGGACAAGCUGAGCCCCAUCGUGCUCAGCUUCAAUGUGUCCCUGCAGCCGGAGAAGAAUGGCGACGCCCCCAUGCUCAUGCUGCAUGGAGACACCCACGUUCAGGAACAGACCCGCAUCAUCCUGGACUGUGGGGAAGACCAAGUGUGCGUGCCGCAGCUCCAGCUCUCGGCCAACACGACAGGCUCCCCACUCCUAGUUGGAGCUGAUAAUGUGCUGGAGCUGCACGUGGACGCGGCCAAUGAGGGCGAGGGAGCCCAUGAGGCUGAGCUGGUUGUGCACCUGCCCCCAGGUGCUCACUACAUGCAGGCUCUCAGCAACACCAAGAGCUUCGAGAGGCUCAUCUGUACCCAGAAGAAGGAGAAUGAGACCAAAGUGGUGCUGUGUGAGCUGGGCAACCCCAUGAAGGGGGACACCCAGAUAGAAAUCACGAUGUUGGUGAGUGUGGGGAACCUGGAAGAGGCUGGGGAGCACGUGUCCUUCCGGCUGCAGAUCAGGAGCAAGAACAGCCAGAAUCCAAACAGCGAGACAGUGGUGCUGGAUGUGCAAGUCCGGGCAGAGGCCCACCUGGAGCUGAGAGGGAACUCCUUUCCAGCCUCCCUGUUGAUGGCAGCAGAAGGCGAUUGGGAGAACAGCUCGGACAAUUUGGGCCCCAAAGUGGAGCACACCUAUGAGCUCCACAACAAUGGCCCUAGUACCGUAAGUGGCCUCCACCUCAGGCUCCACCUGCCCGGCCAGUCCCAGACCUCCGACCUGCUCUACAUCGUGGACAUACAGACCCAGGGAGGCCUUCAGUGCUCCCCGCAGCCCUCUCCCAACCCCCGCCAGCUGGACUGGGGGCUGCACAGCCCCACACCCUCCCCUGUCUACCCAGCUCAUCACAAGCGGAAUCGCAGACAGGCAGUCCUGCCAGGGCAGAAGCAGCCCUCGAGUCUUCAGGAUCCAAUUCUCCUGAGCUGCGACUCGGCGCCCUGCACCGUGGUGCACUGUGACCUUCCGGAGAUGGCGCGUGGGCAGCGGGCCAUGGUCACAGCGCGGGCUUUCCUGUGGCUGCCCAGCCUCCGCCAGAGACCCCUGGAUCAGUUUGUGCUGCGGUCACACGCUUGGUUCAACGUCUCUUCCCUUCCCUACACCGUGCCCGCCCUCAGCCUGCCCAGCGGGGAAGCUCAGGUGCAGACACAGGUGCUUCGGGUCUUGGAGGACAGAGAGGUUCCACUCUGGUGGAUGCUGGUAGGCAUGCUGGGCGGCCUGCUGUUGCUCACACUGCUGGUCCUGGUCAUGUGGAAGUGUGGCUUCUUCAAGCGGAAUCGGCCACCCCUGGAAGAAUCUGAUGAAGAGGAGGAGUGACGCUGCAGCCCACACAUCUCUGUUCCUGCAGAAAGGCUGCAUGUGGUGACUGCCCUGUCCCUCUUCUCCAGCCAGUGCCCUGCGAGCUCUGCUCGCCCAUGAAUUGGAGCUGUUCCCUGGAGGCCUCCCGAUGUCCUCCUGCUCCCAUCAGAGCUGGCUCACCCCCCUUCCUGCUGCCUAAUAAAGAGGCUGAGCCCCA